CCUCCUCCUCUCACCUCCGCCCUCACCCGCGUUACCGCCUUCAUAAUAUACCGAGAUAAAAGAGCCUUUACCUUACCCUACGCGACACCCAGCUCCCCAUCAUGCCCCGUGCUCCCCGUAUGAAGUGCGCGUUCGCAGAGCCCGACGUGCCGAAGAUCAAAAAGGCGCGUGCUGCGGCCGUGAAACUCACGCCCGAGGAGAAAGAGGAGAAAAAGGCACUCGCAAAGGCGCGUGCCGCAGUCAAAGAGAAGAAGAAGCAGUGGGAGGAGACUCUCAAGCCGUGGGGGUCGCGCGACGGUCGCGGUGUCCCAUUCAUGCCCGGUACUAAGGCGCAGUUCAAGAGCGACGCGAAGAAGGCCUUUGGCCUCAACGACAAGGAGAUCGCGUCGCUGCCCUUCAUGGAUUUCUCCGGCUCGUCCAAGACCAUCUACCGCCUCACCGACUGCAAGGCUCUCGCCGACCGCAAGCGCGUAGCCCUCGGCAACGACGCGUUCGACUAUCCUGCCCGAGAGAUCAUGGGGGGCGUGCAGCCGACAAAGGAAAAGGCCAUGUUUAUGUCCCUGGCGAACCUCCUCGGCGAGCCCGACCAUACCGUGACGGUGCAGGGGACGUCUCUUAACUCGCUGUCUGGUCGGCGUGAAAAGAACCGCUUCUACUGAAUGUUGUGCACCCUUUAUUCGCCCUCUACCAUCGUAUGCUAUCGUUGCUCCUGUGGCCCAAUUGUCCUGUAAUCUGCGAAACCCUUCUUGCCGCCUGCCUAAGAGUAUGCUUGUUAGGUCAUGACCCACGUAGAAGUAGUCUACAGUCGUAUGUUCGUACCGAUUAGUGUUGCUAGGCCAUCAAUACAUCAUCACAUCCUUGAAUUAUGCAUGUUCUGCCAUCGCU